AGGCAUUAUUCAAAUGAGGCAGCUGUUAGCAGCUAUGGGUACUUACCCACAGGCGUUCCUGAUCCUGGGAUGUUUUCUCACAGGACCAUUCCUAACAUUUUGCCAGCUUCCUCUGCCAACUAUUGUUCCCAAUAGGAAUGAAAUGGUGGUACAGCUCUAUUCCAAUUUCACACUCAAAUGCUCUGGGGACAGCGAAGUGAGCUGGCAGUACCCAGUGACCGAGGGGAACCACAGGAUAGACAUCAGACAUGAAGAGAACAACAGUGGCCUCUUCGUGACAGUGCUCGAGGUGGGGAACGCCUCGGCCGCGCACACGGGCCUGUAUGUCUGCUACUACAACCACACACAGGUGGAGGAUGGUGAUGUGGAAGGCAAGAACAUCUACAUCUAUGUGCCUGACCCAGACAUGCCUUUUGUUCCUUCUAUACCCGAAGACCAGUUCAUCCUGGUAGAAGAAGGUGAUCCUGCAGUUAUCCCUUGUCGGACAAGCAACCCAGAGGCCCAAGUGACUUUAGUUAACAGCUUAGACAAGCCUGUGCAUGCUUUAUAUGACACCAAACAAGGCUUCAUAGGGAAUUUUCCUGCGGGCUCAUACACGUGCAAAACAAUGGUUAAAGGCAUGGAGUUCAAGUCUGAUGAGUUCCUCAUCUAUAUUAUAAGAGCUACUUCACAGCUGCCUGUUGAAAUUGAAGCUCUUAAAACUGUCUACAAAACAGGGGAGACCAUUGUAGUGACUUGUGUGGUCUUUGACAAUGAGGUGGUUAAUUUACAGUGGAAUUACCCUGGGAAAGUGAAAGAAAAAGGUCUGAUAAAGCUUGAUGAUAUCAAAGUGCCAUCACAGAAGCUGGUUUACACCUUGACCAUUCCUGAGGCAUCAGUGAAAGACACAGGGGAUUAUGAAUGUACUGCUCGGCAUGCAACCAAGGAGGUUAAGGAAAAUAAGAAAGUAGCCAUUACAGUUCAUGACAAAGGCUUUGUUCACCUGGAGCCUCAGUUCAACCCUCUGGAAGCUGUCAACCUGCAUGAAGUCAAAAACUUUGUUGUUGAUGUGCAGGCUUACCCAGCACCAAAAAUGUACUGGUUGAAGGAUAACGUGACUCUGAUUGAAAAUCUUACAGAGAUUGUUACUACUUCAGGAAGAGUCCAGGAAACAAGGUUUCAGAGUGUUUUAAAAUUGAUACGGGCCAAGGAGGAAGACAGUGGAUACUAUACUUUGGUUGCUGAAAAUGAAGAUGAGAUUAAAAGAUAUACCUUCUCAUUGCUGAUACAAGUUCCAGCUCUGAUCUCAGCCCUCGUGGAUGAUCACCAUGGCUCUGCAGGUGGCCAGACUGUGAGAUGCUUGGCAGAGGGGACCCCACUUCCUGAUGUGGAAUGGCUGGUUUGCAAGGACAUUAAAAAGUGCAACAAUGACACCUCAUGGACCCUUUUGACUAACAAUAUCUCUGAUAUACACAUGGAAGCCCACCUGGAUGAGAAAAAUAUGGUGGAAAGCCGGGUGACCUUCCAGAAGGUGGAGGAAACCCUGGCUGUGCGAUGUGUGGCAAGGAACGACCUCGGUGCUGUUACUCGAGAGCUGAAGCUUGUGGCUCCCA